GAGAGUCAUAACAAAUCCACCUUUAUUUAACCAGGGUUAAGAGUUCAUUGUUACUUGCAAUUUUAUCAACAUGAUGUCUCUGCCAGAUUCGGAUUCUGAGGACGAGCUGCCGCCAGGCUGGGAGGAGCGCGCCUCCGACGACGGCGUUGUUUGCUAUGUAAAUCAACAAAGUAAAACGACCCAAUGGACGCAUCCGAGAACAGGACGCUCAAAGCGCAUCACCGGCGAGCUGCCCAUUGGCUGGGAGAAAUAUUAUGAUGAGACAAGCAAACGAUUCAUGUUCCUCAAUAAGGAAACUCAACAACGAACUAAUGUUGAUCCCCGAUUGGCUUUUGCCGUUGAGGAACCAACGCUUGAUGUGGCACAAGUGCGUCAGAGAUUCGACUCUUGUACUGGAGCAUUGCAAGUGUUGCAUGGCAAGGAUUUGCAUGGCCGUGUGGCCCUUAUAACAGGUGCCAAUUGUGGCAUUGGCUUUGAAACUGCCCGAUCAUUGGCUCUACAUGGAUGUGAGAUCAUCUUCGCCUGCCGUAAUCUGGCGUCUGCCGAGGAGGCCAUUAAACGCAUUGGCCAAGAUCGAUGUGCAGCAGCUGCCAGAUGCCGCACAGUGGCUUUGAAUCUGAGCUCUCUGCACUCCGUGCAACAGUUUAGUACACAAAUCAAGCAAACUGUCAGCCACAUUGAUUAUCUUAUACUGAAUGCUGGUGUGUUUGCUUUGCCUUAUACGAAAACCACUGAUGGUCUCGAGACAACAUUCCAAGUAUCGCAUCUAUCACAUUUCCAUCUAACUAUACAAUUGGAGUCGCUUUUUGAUCACAAUACUCGCAUUGUGGUCCUAUCCUCAGAAAGUCACAGGUUUGCCAAUCUGCCGGUGGACAAUCUAACACUGCAACACCUAUCACCCCCAGCGGAGAAAUAUUGGAGCAUGAUGGCCUACAACAAUGCCAAGCUAUGCAAUGUCCUGUUUGCCCAGGAGCUUGCACAACGUUGGAAACAUCGGGGUAUUUCAGUAUUCUCAGUGCAUCCUGGCAAUAUGGUGUCCACGCAGCUGUCACGUAAUUAUUGGUUCUAUCGUCUGCUUUUUGCCUUUGUGCGACCCUUUACCAAAUCCCUGCAACAAGCGGCUGCCACAAGCAUCUACUGUGCAACGGCGAACGAGUUAACCGGCCUAUCGGGUCUGUACUUUAACAAUUGCUACUUCUGCGAGCCCAGCAAGUUGGCAAAGUCCGCAGCCUUGCAGCAACAGUUGUGGCAGCUUAGCGAGCGUUUAAUCAGCGAUGUUUUGGAACAACAAAUGCAUUAAUUUCAAUUAGUUUAAAUACUUUUGUUUUUAUUUGAUUACAUUAUAUUUAUACAUUUUAUAAUUA